AUGAGUUCUGACACCAUUGCCAUCUUCAACUACUUACUCGCUCCACCUGACGGCUCUCGGCCCUACAAUAGAGUCUAUGCAGAUAGUGCCACAGAAAAGCCGGCUCGCAACUGGAUCGAGGACCCGCAUGAUAUGCAAGUCGAGGACGUGCGCGGAAAAGAGGAACUUUACAAGCUUGACAAUGCUGGAUUUCAGUAUGGGCGAGAAGCGCCGAAGCAUACUAGCUUCCUGAAUGAUGAUGAGAUUGAGCGCGAAUACUACCCUGAGAGUAUCGACCUCAUCCAGAGGGUCACGGGAGCAACCAAAGUUAUCGUCUUUGAUCACACUAUUCGUCGCCGUCGCCCAGGCGAGCUGGAUAACUAUAACCCACAGAAACGUCAACCAGUCUCUCGGGUUCAUGUGGACCAAACGCCUGCGGCGUCCAUUGGUCGUGUUCAUAGGCACCUCCCGCCAACAGAAGCUCAUUCCCUCCUCCGCAGACGCUUCCAAAUAAUAAACCUUUGGCGACCUAUAUCGCAUGCAGCUGUAGAUUGGCCGCUUGCACUAUGCGACUUCCGCAGUGUCGAUUUCCAGAAAGACUUGGUGCCCGUCGCUCAUAUAUACCCUGACCGCGAGGGUGAGACAUUUGGAGUUAAAUACAACCCAAACCACCAGUGGAAAUAUAUGAAGGCAAUGUCCCCAGAAGAGUAUGUUCUUAUCAAAUGCUCUGACUCAAUACAGGAUGGUAGUGUCGCGAGGUUGACCCCUCACACUGGCUUCCAAGACCCGAACACUCCAGAGGGAACGCCGCCUCGGGAAUCCAUCGAGCUGAGAGCUCUGGUAUUCUAUGAUUAG